GACUUGCUGAAGAUGGUGGAGUCCAGUCUGAGCCAGGAGAAGGAGUCGAUCCUCUCUCAGCAGAGGAACCAGAACCUCCUGCUCACCAAUCUGAAAUCCAUGCAGGCCACGUUAGAGCGUUCGGAGUCAGAAACUCGGCAGCGGCUCACAGCGCAGGUGGAGAAGCAGGAGCGAGAGAUUUCCCAGCUGCAGAAGAAGCUGGAGCAUGAGGCGGAGCAGAGACACAUACCUUUUUCCAACUGCUAAAAGAUACAGGCAAAGUUAAACUCUUCUAUGUAAGUGAGGAGGAAGUUGAGAAGAAGGGUGAAGGUUUGAAAGAAGUGUCCCUGUUCACCAUCAAGGGCACAAUGAGGAUUCAUUUGAGAUUGAGAUUUGAUUGGCAAAUAAGGUUGAUUUGAUUGGCAUUCUAAAAUACAGGGAGAUCAGCUGUUUCUGCCAGGCUGCUGAGGGAAUGUUUGACUGUUUAUGCUAUGGUCUAGA